CGAUCGCAUCGCACAGCUCCCUAGCCCCCAAAUCGCUGCCCAAACGAGGGCGUCGUGCUACAGCUGCCCCCAGGAUGAUUAUCCUCACGAGCUGCGCCCACUGCGCGGCCCCGCUGGAGAUCAUGGGCAAGAAAUGCGGCCGCUGCUUCACGCGCUACUGCGGGGCGGACUGCCAGAAAGCGCACUGGAAGGCGGAGCACAAGCAAAUGUGCGGACAAAUAAGGCUCGGCGGCGGCGCGGAGAAGUACAACGCCGACCGUAAAUACGCGGAGGCCGUCGAAACCGCGUUCUGGGCGUGCAAGGAGGAGACCAAGGGCCAGACGUGCUACAUUUGCAUGGAGGAAUUCAAAAGCGUGACGAACGAGGGCCUCGUGACCAACUUUUGCGCGUGCCGGGGCGGCUCGAGCUACGCCCACGUGUCCUGCGUCGCGACGCAAGCUCGGGUCGUCGUCGACGACGAGACGUCGAAUGAGUCGGCCGAGAGUAGGUGGAAUCGGUGGAACGCGUGCCGCCUGUGUGGGCAGCGCUACCACGGCCGCAUGCAAUGGGCGCUCGGGUGGGCGUGCUGGCAGACGUAUACGUGUCGAGAUGCCGUGGAGUAUAAUUGGCAACGGCUGUGCGCCAUGGGUGUAUUGGGGCGAGGUCUCAAGGGCGUGCGUCGCAUGAAGGAGGCACUCGUCGUCCAGGAGGCCGAGAUCGCCACGCACAAGCUCCUACAUCCGAACAGUGACGGGCACCGCCUCGGACUCAUGCAUAAUGUGGCUGGUACCUACAUGAAUCUGGGCCUACGCGAUAAGGCGCUCGAGCUCCACCGACAUAUUUGUGGACCCAACGGGCUGGCGGCCGCGUUUGGCGCCACGCACGAACACACCUUGCGCUCGAAGUUGAGUUUGUCGUCUGCGCUCAUCGAAUGCGCGCAACACGAGAAGCCGCAGUUAUUCCGCGAGGCAAGGUCGCUGACGGAAGAGUAUAUCCCCGUCGUGGACCGGGUCUUGGGGCCUGAUCACGAAUGCUCGCUCCAGCUCCGAGAAAACCGCGUGGAAGCCAUAAUGAACGACACCAGUAGCACGCCGGGCGACCGCGCCGAGGCCAAGGCCGUCUGUGAGGACGCCACGCGCCGGGCGCGCCGGGUGUUCGGGGCCUCGCACCCGGUCACGGUCCGCCUCGCACAGCAAUCCAAGGACGUGGCCAAGUUCCUGACCGCCUUGGAACAACGUCGGAGCCUCGCCGCGAAGCUCGAACCCGAGGAGAACGCGGAGGAGGUCGACUGAGAAGGUGGUACUAGGUAGCUCGCUUAAAUUACUAGUAAUCUGUUUAGUAGUACCC